UUGACAAUCGUGUAAAGCACUGGUGUUUAGUAGAUUUCUAUACGACACAGUUUUGAAGACCUCGCUAGCUAGCCAUUUCUUACAGCGAACCCGAGUUUGAAAGAGUUCCACAUGUUGGAGAUCCGAGAAGACGAGAAUGUCCAUAUCGCUUCCUUGUCGAUACGCUUUCUUCUUUGGCGCAACUCCUGUCCGCAUCAGCAGCCUCUGCUUCGCUGUACGGACGACUUCUCACCGGAAUACUAAACUGUUCCCCGAGCCUAUCCUCCUCCGCCACGUCACCUCUCCUCGGUGGUCAAACUUGGAGACCGCGCGGGAUUGUAGAGCUCAUGCGUCCUCUAUCGGAUCAUACGAAGACAGCAGCUCCUCUUCUACAGACGACCAAGAAGCCGCCAAUUCCAACGGUUUCGAUUUGAACAGCUUGGUUUCUUUCGCGGAGGUGCUUUGUAUCGUAUCCUCCGCGGUGAUCUCGGUGGUUCUCGCGGCGAACUACGUGGCGGUUGGUGAAAUCGGGAGAAAGGUGCUGUCUUUGGGUUUUGUCGGGUUGUUGGGCUCGGUCGCGUCUGGUUCUUGGCUUAGACGGCGGCAAUGGAUGAGGAUUUGCAGAGGAACGAGAGACUACGGCGAAGGGACGAAUCUGAUUCGGAGGUUGGAGAAACUUGAAGAUGAUUUGAAAACGUCGACCACCAUUGUUAGAGUUCUGUCGAGGCAUCUGGAGAAACUGGGGAUCCGGUUUCGAAUCACCCGAAAAGCUCUCAAGGAACCCAUUUCUGAGACUGCAGCUUUGGCUCAAAAGAACUCUGAGGCGACAAGAGUAUUAGCUGCACAACAAGAGAUUCUAGAGAAGGAGCUUGGCGAAAUCCAAAAGGUUCUGCUCGCUAUGCAGGAUCAACAGCGAAAGCAACUUGAGCUUAUUCUAACAAUUGCAAAGAACGGGAAGCUGUUUGAGAGCACUAGUAGCAAGCCAGCAAGUGACUGACUAAUGGAUUGGAAAGGCAACAAAGCAGAAAAACCCUCAACAUCCAAACAGAUACUCUUUCUAUAAACCAGACCUAAUGAUGUGAGAGAUUUUUUUGUUGACAAGCUGUUCAUGGAGUCUUGAAGCCAAGAGCCGGGAUAACACCAAAAAUGGAUAAGCUACUGUGGUUUUAUUGAUGUAUUGUAGUCACAUUGUUUUCUUGUUUGUGUAGUCCAUUUGUUUUGAAUUCAUGUCUUCCCUCUAAUAACAGAGAGUUUUUGAUGAUGA